AUGCACCCUGCACCCCUGUACCUCUGCACUCUGCACCUGUGCACAUUUGCACCCCUGCACCCCUCAACCCUGCACCCCAUCCACUCCUAUACCCAAGGCUGCCACAGUGACCGCAGCCUUGGCCACCUGUCUGUUGCUGAGACGGAGCUGUUCAGGGACCCAGAGCGCGGCCGGCAGCUGCUUCAGAGGCUGGAGAGUGAGAACGCGCGCCUGGAGGCCGCCCUGGUGUGGCGGCGGCAGGAGCUGGUCUUCUGGAAGUGGAUGGACACGGUCCUGGGCGCCUGCCCCCUGGAGGCCUCACAGCCCACAUUUCUGCCCAGGAUCCCCACGGGGGGUGCUGGCGCGUUGGAGCUGGUGGCCCAGGAGUUGCAGGCCCUGCAUGAGGAGCUGCGGGGAGCAGCGGAGCCCCGGCGGGCGGCCUGGGAGGCCAGGGCUGGAGGCUGGGGGCCGGAGCAGACUGCUGUGCAGCGGGCCUCACGGGAGGCCGUGGGACGGGAGCUGGCCGCUCUUCAGCGGGCCUGCGAGCAAGGGGAGGCCCUGGCCCAGCCCCAUGGGCCCUGCCGGCUGGUGAAGAGAGACGCCAGAGCCUCGGGGGGCCCAGGCUUGCGGGCUGCUGAGCUGAUAGGGGCGCUGAGGAGCCGGGAAACCUGCCUGGAGGCUGUGCUGGGCCGGCUGCAGACCCGGUGUCGGCAGGAGCUGACCAGGCUGGCGGGAGCCCGGCCCGGCCUCCUCUGGAUCCUGCCGCCUGGUCGCUGAGGGCCCGUGGGUGUGCCCUCCUCGAGGGGGACCUGCCCUGACG